AUGGCGCACGACAACAUGCACUGGACAGACGCUCUACCACUCGUCCUCCUUGGCAUCCGCAACGCUUUCAAGGAAGACAUUCAAGCUACAACAGCCGAACUUGUGUUUGGUGAGAAACUGCGUCUACCUGGAGAACUCAUCGCUGCCCCUCCAGACAUCAACGUGGAGAAGUCGGAGUUCGCUGCAACACUGCAGCAACACUUCCAAAGGUUACGUCCUGUACCUGCUUCUCGACAUGCUAAUCCUAGUUCUUUUGUCUACAGAGACUUGGCGCAAGCAACACAUGUCCUGCUUCGCGUUGACAAGGUACGUCGCUCCCUCGAGGCACCGUACACCGGUCCCUACCGCAUCAUUUCCCGGAGCGACGACGGCAAGAGCAUCGUGCUGGACAUCAAAGGCAAGCCUAACACGGUCUCAAUCGACCGAGUUAAGCCGGCCUACCUCAUCGCCCAGGACGACACUCCGGACGACCCUUCGCCCCCGCACGACGCCGUGCCGAUUUGUCUCGAGAAGACAAACAAAAAAUGUCAAGACAUGUUAUGGGUUAAAAUAGAAAAUGGAAGAGUUAUUGGAUUUUUAGAGUGCAAAAAUGGUAAAAAAGACAUUAGAAGUUGA